CGCACCCAGUCAUUCAUCUCAUCGUUGUCGUAUCGUAUCGUAUAUCGUCAUUGAUGGUUUCGGAAAAAACAGAAAACUUUUUUUUGACUUUUUUGCAUACAAAUUGUAGUGUAUUAGAAAUUUUAAUUGAAUCCGCUUCUUUUGAUUUGUAACGUAAUAUUGAAAGUUUGCACCUGGCCCGGAACAGCACGAAAAACGAUGUCAAAAAUGGAGGAUAUCGGGAGAAUGUUGGUAAAUUAUAUAGAUCCCACCGCAACCAGGAAGGACGUUUCCGAUUGUCUGAAGCAGUAUAAAGCGCUGAGCUGCCGGUACGAGGAAUAUGUCUUCAACGACGGAACGGUGAAGCAGUUGAUCAAUCUGCAGGGAACAAUCCCGGUGCGGUACAAGGGCAACACCUAUCACAUUCCCAUCUGUAUCUGGCUGCUGGACACGCAUCCUCGCUAUGCUCCGAUUUGCUACGUCAAACCCACGUCCGACAUGCACAUCAAAGUGUCCAUGUACGUGGAUCACAAUGGGAAGAUCUAUCUGCCGUAUCUGCACGAUUGGACCCCCAUGCAGUCGGAUUUGCUCGGGCUGAUUCAGGUGAUGAUCGUCACGUUCGGAGAGUAUCCACCGGUGUACUCGAAACCGAAGCAGCCCAAGGAACAAGCAACACCCUAUCCGACGCAAUCGUUUAUGCCACAGCCGCCUCCAGUCACGCAAAGUCCGUAUUGCCCGUACCCAGGUCAACAGUUUCCACCGUAUCCGCAGCCAACUGCUGGAUACGGAGGUUAUGGCCAACAGGCUCCAGGAGGAAGCUAUCCACCGUACAUGCCACCAAGCAUGCCCACAGCUUCCGGAUAUAAUUCAGGCUAUAAUCCAACGGGUCAGGGAACGGGUACCAUUACCGAGGAGCACAUCAAGGCUUCUCUAGUCAGCGCGGUUGAAGAUAAGCUGAAGCGCAGAAUCCAGGAGAAGGUGAACCAGUGUCAGGCGGAGAUUCAAACGCUCAAACGCACCCAGCAGGAGCUGAACGAAGGCCAGAGCAAGAUCAACGACAUCAUCGGGCGGCUGGAGCGGGAUCAACAAGAACUGACGAAAAGCAUUGCAGUGCUGCAGGACAAGGAACAGGAACUGCAGCGGGCGUUGGAAAGCCUGGAAAAGGUAGACGGCAUCGAUGUGGAUGAGGCGGUGACGACCACUGCUCCACUCUACAAACAACUACUGAACGCCUACGCCGAAGAGGCUGCCAUCGAGGACGCCGUCUACUUUAUGGGCGAAGCCCUGCGCAGCGGUGUUAUCGAUCUGGAGGUAUUUCUUAAAAACGUUCGACAACUGUCGCGGAAACAGUUUAUGCUGCGAGCGCUGAUGCAGAAAUGUCGACAGAAGGCCGGAUUUAGUGCUUGAACUGGAAAAUAGAUAUCGAGAUAGUUUGCUGAGGAUUUGAGAGUCGGUUGUAUAUAUGAUUCUGUUUGGUUAGCCAACGGCACGGCAACGGUGUCAUUUCUACGAGAAUUAUUACUAUUAUAAUCUUUGCUAGUAUACUUUACGUUUCAUUGCCACGGAUGUCCUGUGCUUUAAAGUGUUGUUCUUAGGAUCGGCAUUACCUAAUAUAAUCGGUUUGUUGAGAUACUAUUGCGUAUUAAACGUUCCUUAGAGAGCAAUUA